CGUGGGAGAGGUCGCGGCCCCGCCUCCCCCGCCUUUCCCCUCCUCUCCUUACACACGGAAGCUCAGUGGCCCCCACGCCAGGAUGUACGACGCCUGGGUCCUCGGCCUCGUCCCCAGCUUGCUGCUCGGCCUGCUGGCCGGCCUCCAACAGGCUGCAGCCAAGUGUGACUUCUUCUUCAGCUGCUCUGAAGGAUUCAAAUGCUGUGGUAGCAACUGCUGCCCUCCUGGAUUCAAGUGCUGCGGUGGCAGCUGCUGCCAGGAGUAUGAGUUCUUCUCUGGCCCCUUGAGGGUCUUCAUCAUCAUCUUCCUGAUCCUCAUGCCCAUCGUGUGCAUCUGUGGCCUGGUGAAGCACUUCUGCCGCAGCUGCAGAGAGCAGGCACGCCCCCCCGAGACGGUCCACACGGGCCCCCCGGAACGGCUCCCCAGCACCCCUGCGGAGAGGAUCAUGGUGCCCCCCUCUGCACCCCCGCCCCCCUACAGUGAGAUUAUUCUGAAGCCAGUCCUGGACCUGCCCCCCGUGGACCCACCCCCUCCCUACAGCAUCAGGCCUCAAGAAUAUUCUGGGGUCCCCAGGGGCAUCGACAACCCGGCCUUCUGAGCCGCCUGCCACCUGGAACCCUGCCUCAACCACCUCCCCCCCAACACCUCCUGGAUCAAGCCAGAGACACCUGGGCCCCCUGACCUGCCCCCGCCCGCCCUGCUACAUCUCCGGCCUUUCUUGGAUUUAACUUAUUGCUUCUCCUGCCCCUGCUUCACACCAACUGUGUCUCUCGUCCCAGGGUCUGGGCUGGAGUGACAGUGCCCAUCCAUCACACCACCCCCACAGCCCAAGUUAGAGGCUGCUAAGAGGAAAAUAGUGUCAACAACUGGAGUUGACGGACAGUAGAAUGGGCUACUUUGAGGAGUGGAGAGAGCCCCGCAGCUGGAGGCAUACAAAUCUCGACUGGACAGCCAGCUCUGAGACGGGAAGGGCGCUGCUAUGCCGCGGGAGAUCGGACUGCCUGAGCUCUGAGCCACCUCCAGCUCUCCCUGAAUGGAGAACACCCCGUUCCACCCCACCCUGCCCGACAACAUGUGUACUCACUAAACUAGCUGAUUGCU